CCACCAUACGGCAACAAUCAUCGUCUUCAUUCCUGGAUGCUUUUAACAUUUCGAAUUUUUUCAGUCUUCGGAGAAACCAGAGAUCCAAUUCCCAACAAUGGACGGCCAAGGUUCAGAUGAUUCAAAGCAAAGCACUGCUGACAUGACAGCUUUUGUGCAAAACCUUCUUCAACAAAUGCAAUCUAGGUUUCAAACAAUGUCGGACUCCAUUAUCACAAAAAAUAUCCUUUGCCUAUGAGCUUUAACUUCUUUGCAAAGUGUUUUUACUUUUAAGAUACAAACAUCAUUGAGACAACAACCUUUAAAGUGUGGGUUCUCCCAAACUUGUUUGCUAGCAAAGCUCAUUUAUUGUUCUUGCACCAACUAUUUGUUCUUUCUAGCAAAUGAGCUGAAAGUAGAAUUGAUUGAUCACUGAUGCUGGGAGGUUCUCGUACUUUGUGUAAAAUUAAUUAAUUAUCAAACACUUUUGCCUCAUAAGGACAUUUUGUGGGAAAAUAAUUAGAAUGUAUCAGUAUCUCUCAUCAUGUUUUUGGUUGCCAAAUUUAUGAGGUUUCGGAAUUUUCUUAUGUCUGUAUGUUAUCUGUAUUUUAGUGAAAUGUAACUAUUUCUCUUAGCACCAAAAGAUUUACAAUUUCAAAGAUGACUUCUUUUCCUUGACUUCAAUGCACUUGAUGAAAUGGGAACCCGCAUAAAUGAGCUGGAGCAGAGCAUCAAUGACCUUAAAGCAGAGAUGGGAGUGGAUGGUUCUCCGUCUCCUUUACCCCCGUCUAAGCAAAGCCCAGCUGAAGCAAAGAAAGAGGAAGGCUCAGCAUAAAGCUUAGCCUAAGGGCACUUUUAGGAUGGGAUGGUGACUCUGAUUUCAUGAACAGCUUACGUUUUGCUAGAGUAUUCUUCAAUGAUCACAACAUAUGAUAUCAUGCAUGUUCUUUUCUUUCCCACUUUGAUUGAUGUAUCAUGCAUUUGAAAUUCCUGGCUUGUCUCUCUAAUUUUUAUGCUUUCAAUUUCUGUUAUCGAGAUGUCAGGUUAGGGGUUCAUGAUAUAUUAUAGAUCAAACUCACAAAUUCAAGGUGAUUAGUCAUGAAAUAUGAUCUAUUCUUGGUUUUUAUCCAUUGAGAGAUAGAUUAUCUUCUAUGUUGAUCAUUUUAAUUCCAUCAUUUAUCGACGCUGUGCCCUUGCUGACAUUUUGCAACAAUUGCCCAUUUUCCUGGUGCUAGGAUAAGCAGCUGUAAAUUGAAGAUUUUCUUUGAGUCUGUUUUUCUUGCUAAACUAGCCAUUCAAAACUUUAAAUACAUGCUUUGAAAUUUA